GAACGUCGCCCGGAAGCAGCGGGCUAAAUGCCGUCGCGGGAGCCCCUAAGAAGGGCUGCGGGCUGAAAACGGCGAGCGGAGCCACCCUUGCGGUUUUAUUUACUUGGCUUUUGACAUUUCAUGGAACAGUGUUAAUACUUUUGCUGGCUUCUUCAGGACUGUACAGUACACAGUUCCUGGUCCAACACUGACUUCGCUUAGCAGUAUACCAAAGACAGAUGAACAUGUUCAACCGUCCCUUCCUUUUGCAUUAUUGGACUACCAUAUGCCUUGUCAUCUUGCUAGCAGCUUUGAUGACUGCUGAAGAUGUUACUGAUAGCACUUUAAACCACACAAACACGCUCUUAGGAUCUGUGCCUGUGGUAAUCUCCAGAAUCGAUCACAUUAUAGUCAAAGAAGGUUACAGUGCCUUGAUUGAUUGCAACAUUGAAGGCCAUCCAGGACCAGAGUACAAGUGGUACAACUCCAAUGGCCAUUUGGUGAAGGAAGAUGGGAACAAAGGAGGAAAAUGGAUUCUUGACAAUGGACAACUUAAUAUUACUAGUGUGUCAUUUGAGGAUCGAGGAAAAUACACAUGUGUUGCUUCUAAUAUCUAUGGCCAAGUGAAUAAUACAGUGACGUUGAGAGUUGUCUUUACCUCUGGAGAUAUGGGGAUCUACUAUAUGAUUGUAUGCCUUGUAGCAUUUACCAUUGUUUUGAUCUUAAACAUCACCAGGCUAUGUAUGAUGAGCAGUCACCUGAAAAAGACAGAAAAAGCUAUUAAUGAAUUCUUUCGGACAGAAGGAGCAGAAAAACUGCAAAAAGCUUUUGAGAUUGCUAAACGCAUCCCAAUCAUUACAUCUGCAAAAACUCUUGAGCUUGCCAAAGUAACGCAGUUCAAGACAAUGGAGUUUGCCCGCUAUAUUGAAGAGCUGGCUAAGAGUGUCCCACUGCCGCCACUCAUUAUGAACUGCAGAACUAUAAUGGAAGAAAUCAUGGAAGUGGUGGGACUAGAGGAGCAAGGUCAGAACUUUGUAAGGCAGUCACCAGAAGGACAGGAGACCACCGAUACGGAAGAGAUGUACAUGAUCCCCAAUUCCCUAAAGCGGAACAGUUCUCUCACUGCUGACUCAGAUGCAUCUUCUCUGCACGAGCCACCACUCAAGAUUGCAAUCAAAGUAUCUGUUCACCAGUUGACCAAAAGGGACUGUGUCGAUGACCAGUCGCAAGACGGCAUACCACUAGAACUUAAAGAAGAGAAGGAAGAGAAAGAGGGAGACCAAGCAUCGGCACCACCCGCUGAGCCAGCCUCAGAGCCAUCUGCUGAAGUCAGCCUUACUGAGACAAGUCUGGAAAGUGACCAGGACAUAUGUACUGUUUUUGAAAGCCAUUUAUGAUUGUUUCUUCACAAAUCUAUGCAUUGCAAGAAAAUUAGGUGGAGUGCCCUUUGAAAACAAAAAGAUGUCUUUGCCAAUAAGCCUUACCUGAAGACUGUUGCAGCAAAGCAUGUAUGUGGUUUCCUUGGUCCUUUCCCCCUUACAAUUUACCUUAAGUUUAGCCAGCAGAUUUGACAAAACACUUGGAACUGUGCAAAUAUUUAACUGCUCUUUUUUGGUUAUGGGAAUUUUUUUUUAAAAAAAAGCUCACACAAUAUUUACCUCAGAGAACUCUUGUUUGCAAUUGGUUACCGGAAAUCAUGUGUUGUGCUUAGAAACAGGGGUUCUAAGUUCUGAGGAGGCUGACUUUGGAGCAAAGCUGUCAAAGCUAUGGGAGAGCUGUUUUGCUGUAUGGUUGAAAUGCUCCCAUUUACACAGAGGAGGGAAUCUUUUUUUUUUAAUUGCCCCAUCACUCGCUCUAUUCAUGUGACCUCUCAUGAGUUUGAAAUAUUGCUCAAGAAAUAACAUUUCAGUAGCCGAAUUAAGGUUUCUGUGUGUGCCAGGACAAAUCCAUUUCUUUCAUUUGGAGUCAGACACUUUGUAAUAGGGUGAGGAAAUGCCCACCAUCUUUCUUCUCCUCUUCUUCGGGAGGGAAAAAAAAAUUCCUUCACAAAAUGAUGCACAGGUCAUGUGCUUCUGUUGAAAGAGAGAUUUUUCUUCCAACCAGAAAGUCAUGUAAGAGCAGUGGCUCUUGUAGCCUGCAGCACGGCUACCCACUCCUCAAUCACAAUGACCCCACAGAAAGAAGAACAGAGCUUCACCAGGGAAAUUUCUACAGGUGAUAUUUCCCCGGCAUUUUAAUGGCAAACUGCACCUGUAAACAUCCCCUCUUCUAUACAAAGUGCUGGAAACCUUCUCUUGUUUGGAAAGAACUAUUUAAUUUUAAUGGGAUAUGAAUGCAGGUAACUGUGCAGUCUGUUGCUGUUAUUAUGUAAAUGGCAAUGACAGUCUGUAAUUAGGAAAAAUUGAAUAAUUUACCUAACUUGUAUUUUCAUGGAAAGAAGUCAUUAGCCCUCUUUGAAGUCAAUGGAUGAAAAUUCACACUGGUAUUUAUACACAGCCUGCCACUGGGCAUGUAUUAAGGCUGGGUCUGGUGGAGAUGAAGUAACUUUGCCAUAUAAAUAGAUGUGAACAAAUUGAAGCUUCCAUCAUUCAGGGGAUAAUGACUGUGAGCUGGUUUGUACCUUAUUAGUUAUAAUAUACAACUUAGACCCAGAGAUGCCAAUCACUAUAGCACAGAUGGCCACUUUAUCAUGGGUCAAAACGAUUUUACUUCCAUGACAUCCCUAAGAAAAAUAUUUUUCCUAUAUUAAUUAUUAAUUCUUCAAUAGCCAGGCAUAUAUGUUUAUAGUUCAGUUCAGACUCUGAGUAAAGAAUUUAAGAAGAGAAUAAUGCAGUGGAAUAGUCACAGAAAACAUCUUUAUUUUUGCUCUCUCUCCUGUUAAAAACAUCAAAAAAGUCCUGCUGCUGGAUUGGGCCAGUAUGCUAUUUUCCAUAGGGGCCAACCCAUAAGAAGCCAGCCCCCUACCACAAUUCCCCCCGUGCACACACACACACACAACUGGUAUCCAGAGGCAUGGUGUCUCUCUAGAAGGAGCUCUGCCAUCAUGACUAGCAGCCAUCAAUACCCUAAUGCCCCAAACCUUUCUCUAAUCCAGCUAAGCUGUUGGCCAUUGUCACAUCUUGUGGCAACAAAUUCCAUAACUGGAAGAAGCAUUGUGAAGAAAUAUUUCUUUCUGUUUGUCCUACAUCUCUCACCAGGUUCUGGGAGCAUGAUAGAAGAAAGCAUACAUCUAUCUAUCUCUCUUUCUCCGUACCAGUAGUUCCCAACCUUUUGUAUGCGCCACACUCCUAGAAAAUAUUUGAUUUAUGUUCACACCCCCUACAAAU